AUGAAUAAAACCCCUAGCACAGCAUCAAGCGAGGUACAAAACCCUAGCACUGCAUCGAGUGAGGUACAAAACCCUAGCACUGCAUCAAGUGAGGUACAAAACCCUAGCACUGCAUCGAGUGAGGUACAAAACCCUAGCAUUGCAUCAAGUGAGGUACAAAACCCUAGCACUGCAUCGAGUGAGGUACAAAACCCUAGCAUUGCAUCGAGUGAGGUACAAAACCCUAGCACUGCAUCGAGUGAGGUACAAAACCCUAGCACUGCAUCGAGUGAGGUACAAAACCCUAGCACUGCAUCGAGUGAGGUACAAAACCCUAGCACUGCAUCGAGUGAGGUACAAAACCCUAGCACUGCAUCGAGUGAGGUACAAAACCCUAGCACUGCAUCGAGUGAGGUACAAAACCCUAGCACUGCAUCGAGUGAGGUACAAAACCCUAGCACUGCAUCGAGUGAGGUACAAAACCCUAGCACUGCAUCGAGUGAGGUACAAAACCCUAGCACUGCAUCAAGUGAGGUACUUGGCAGUUACAAUUUCAAACACAAAUCGCGAUGCUCGCCGCGACAGUAA